UCUGUCAAGCAAACAAAUUUGAAGUGCAUACACACAAAUGCAAUAAAAAGUCAAAACUAAAUCAUUAGUAAGCGCAAGUGCAUUUCAUCUCUUUUUUUAUCAAAAUUAUUAUGUGGAAUCUACGUCGCACAUUUAAGCUAUUUAAUCCCUACGAGACUUUAAACACUGAAAAGCUAAGCCGUCGCAUUAAGGACAAUGCUCAUGACAUAAAGCAGCUGCGGCCCAGUGUGCUGAAUACGCAGCAGCUGCAGGAUUGCAAUACAUUCCGCAGCUGGUGGCAGUUCUAUGCCAAUGGACAGAAGCCGCUUUCAUAUGUUGAGCUGCAGCGUCGCUUGGCGGCAAGCCGCGGAUUUGCUGAGCGCAUCAAGGAUCGAAGGGCUGCGAAAUUUUUACAACUGCUAACCAAACCCGAUCCGGAAUAUCAAGCACAAAUUUACGAAAAGCUUUACAAAGAUUUCAAAGACAGCUUCAGAUGCGCCAAGGCCAAACGCUCGACAACAGUUGCUGCCAAAACUUUAAUUGUGGACAAAAAGCGUGCAGCUGCUAGAAGAAUUGGCAAGCGCCCUGCAAUUAGUCCGAAUAAAUAUCUGAGGCGAGAGUCGAGUCAAAUAACUACGCAAGAGCCUGCAACUUCACGUUCAGCUGUAACUGAAGUAUAUCAUCAGGAGGCACCGACUCUAUUAUCCGAUACGUCAUCCAAAAAAUCUUCUACAAAUGUUUCAAUAAGGAACAUUCCCAUAACAAGGCCGGGCGCUCACGGAAAACCCGCUCCUGUAGAAGCCCGAAAGUCAACAUCAUCAACAGAAUUAGUCAGACAUGAAUAUGCCUGGAAUUCGGCCAGCAUAGCAUCUCCUGAAGAAAUCUUAAGAAAAGCCGUCAAAGCCGUUACAACUAGAAAAUUAAUAUACAAAAGAGCUUUAUCCCCAAAAGCCAUAUCUAAAAUACCUUCCUCUACAAAACCAUUAUCUAAAAAACCUUCAUCAACAAAAACUAUAUCUAAAACAGUUUCCUCUACAAAAUCAUUGUCUAAAAAAACUUCCAUUGCAAAGUCGACAUCCAAAAAAGCACCAGUAGUGUCAUCUACAGAAGUUCCAGCUGCACAAGUACAAAGACUUCCAACGAAUACUCUAAGCUUGCCGCCUUCAUUGCAGAUAAAUCGUCCUUCUAAAGAUAAUGUACUACUUGAGAAAAAAAUGUCCCAAAUUAUGGAUAGACUAUCGCAUAAGCCUAAAACGAAAAAGCCUACAAUAUUCAAAUCUCCACUAGAUGGCGAUACCGUAUCGCUAAAAAGUCUAACAGGUUUCGCACCAAGAAUCAGAACCGUGAGAGUAAAUAUUGGUUCAAUUUAUGAAAAAAAAAUAUUACCAUUGCAAAGUAUACAACUUGGACGUACACCUCUAUUUAGGAAAAGCAUGAGGCAAACUGCUGCAUUACAAGUAAUGGAAAUACGACGUAGAAAUAAAUUGGAAGCCAAAUGGGGUAAGGAAAAAAUCGAAGACAAAAAAAGAAAAAAGAAACCUAAAGCGCAUAAAAAGCAGAAAACAGAGAGCAUAGAAGAAAAUCUAAUGUCGCAGAUUAGUGGUUUGCCUAAAAGCGAAGCCAAAAAGAGUAAAAAGAAAAAAGCUAAAGCGCAUAGAAAGCGCAUGUCACGAACUGAUAGUUUAAAGGACAUCAAGAAUUUGUCUAAGCAUAAUUUUGAAAGAAGGAUGUCUAGAAAAUCAAAAAGGAGUGCACAAUCACAGGCAAGUGUGGACCCAAGGCUCCUUGACAGAUCAAGUACAAAAGCAUUUAGUCUGCGCAGAGAGACAAGAGAAAAUGUUAUGGCACUUUGGAUGAACAGGCGAAUGAGCAGAACAUCUAAAACAUCGAAAGUAUCUAAAAAAUCAGGCAAAAGUGAGCGGAAAUCCAGUCUUAUAAGUUAUUCCUCCUUAAACAUGAGACGUUCGCCUAGCAUAAGUUCAAGAGAUGUGUUGACACUAAAGCGAAUGCAGCAGAAGGCUCAACAACAACGACGAAUGCGAUCGUCAAUAAUGAUUCAACCGAAACGUGGAGAAAGUGCUUCGGUAGUAUCUUAUGAUAAUGUAUCAAACGAAGAUCAAGUAGAUCUGGCGAAAAACAUUUAUCAAAUUCAUCCAGAGCUCGCAGCAGAAUCUGCUAAUUCGUUGCGCUUAAGAGCAUCACAUUUCGCUUCGCUGCGACCCAACCAGAGUUCACUGUCACUAAUCGAAGAUUUAAAAAUAAUUCAAUAUACACCAAUUGAUAUUGCUCAGCACAUUGAAGGUUUUUUUAGAAGAUAUAAAAGUGAAAUCAAUUUUAAAUGCCUCCAAAUGCCAAAAUGUUGGCCAAAACCACUGCAAGAGCCGGUGAAAAAAGCAUUUAAACGAAGAAAACAAAGUUACGAAAAAGCGCAGCCUAAAAUUAAAUCAACAAAACCUAAGCGUCAAUGCAAACGAGUGCGGAAGAGUUUAGUACAGCAAACAGAUGAAUCUAAAACUGAAUCUACUUCCGAUGGCAAAACAGAAUCAGCAAGCUGUGAAAUCUGUCGCAGUUACCGUGAAACGGAGCCCGAUCCGCCGUUUAUUAUCGAAAUGGAAAAGCAAAAGGCAAACGAGGAGCUUAAGCGCUAUUACAUGUCUAAGCAGCUAUACAAGUCACCCUAUACCACCCAAGCGACAAGCUCAGCAACAAAAUGUAGCGACACCGAGGCCAUGCGUCAAAAUCUCGAGAAAUGUUUAAUGCUGCUUGGCCAAUGUGAAAGCAUGUUGGACAUCAAUUGAGAAGAAAUUCAAUUUUUAAACAGCAGACUGUAUUGUGAUUUAGUUAGUUUGACAAAUUGUACACUCGAUUUGUCGAAUAGUUGAAUCAUAAUGCAUUUUACUU